ACUACCUUUCAAAAUCAACCACCACAAGUUAACUAAAUAUCUGCGAAAAUUUAUUCCUUAACAGGGAAGAAACAGACACAGAGAACCGAAUAGAUCUCUUUCUGUUUGAAAAACACGACGAAGACGAUGAAGAAUAAAUCCUCUUUAAUAAUCUUGAGUGUCUUGGUUUUGCUCUGUGGGUGUUAUACUGAACUGGGUCUUUGCGGACAGGACAACUUCUUGAAGAUGAAGCUUGGUGGUGUUCAUGACUGUAAAGGUUCUCAAAAUAGUGCAGAGAUUGAUAGCCUCGCUCGUUUUGCUGUCCAGGAACAUAACAAGAAAGAGAAUGCUAUUCUUGAGUUUGUGAGGGUGUUGAAGGCGAAAGAGCAGGUGGUUGCUGGUAAGCUAUACCACCUUACUGUAGAGGCAACUGAUGCUGGUAAUAAUAAGAUGUAUGAAGUUAAAGUCUGGGUGAAGCCGUGGAUGAACUUCAAGCAGUUGCAGGAAUUCAAGCAUGUUGAAGGGGGUACUUCCUCUGACCUCGGUGUUAAACCAGAUGAUCAUGGAUCAGGAUGGCAACUGGUGCCAACAAAUGAUCUUGAGGUCCAAGAUGCAGCAAAUCAUGCUGUUAAGUCCAUUCAGAAGAGAUCCAACUCAUUGUCCCCAUAUGAACUUGUAGAGAUCCUUCUGGCGAAAGCCAAGGUCAUUGAAGAUUAUGCCAAAUUCAAUCUGCUUCUGAAAUUGAGGAGGGGAAUAAAAGAAGAAAAUUUCAAGGUUGAAGUAAUUAAGAACAUGGAAGGAAAGUUUCAUGUGAAUUUGAUGCCAUAAUAUGCUAAAACCAUGUGUGCCUUGGUGUGCUGCUACCUGCAUUAUGAUAUAGAACAAUAAACACACUACUCUGGCAACUAUGCUUUAUGUUUGAAUCUGUAUAUAUUGAUGCUUUAUGGCAUAGAUGUGGCUUUUAUGAGUUACCUCAAA